AUGUCUCUUCCUUCAUCCCCAACAGAAUUCGAUAUCAUUUUCGCAGGAGGUGGUACUGCAGCCUGUGUUGUCGCAGGUCGCCUAGCUGAAUAUGAUCCCUCGCUGAGGAUAUUGAUUCUGGAAGCGGGUCAACACACCCUCAAUAAAGAUGCUCAUGUGCAGCCCUACCAAUAUCCCUUCCAUCUAGCUCCGACGAGCACCACGAUGUCAGCAAUCGUUGGAAAUCCCUCUCCUAAUCUCAACGGCCGUGCACCGAUCGUUUCCUGCGGUCGUUGCGUUGGCGGAGGCUCAAGUGUGAAUUUUCUGGUGUACACUCGUGCACCGACUUCGGACUUCGAUGACUGGAGAGCCGAUGGUUGGGAAUCUGAGAAUUUAAUUCCUCUCAUGAAGAAGCUGGAGACAUAUGAGGUGCAGCCAGAUCGUCCAACCCACGGGUACGACGGACCUAUAAAGGUGUCCUCUGGUGGGUGUAAAAUGGGUCUUUCCGACGAGUUCAUCCAGGCCGGCAUAACCUAUCACAAGAGGCCAUAUUCAGAGGACACUAAUGAUUUGGAAACAUGCAACACAUACAGUCCAUGGCGGAAGUUCAUUGACUCAAAAACCGGGAAACGUUCGGACGCAGCCCACCACUAUGUCUACAACCAAGCUCACAACUUGAAUCUGCACGUCUGGGAUGGAAAGCGGGUGAAACGAGUCCUCUUCGAGGACAAGCGUGCUGUAGGUGUUGAGUACACCAGCGACCCAAUAUCUUGCCCAGGCGCGGAUCAGUCGACGAGUAUUGUCAGAGCAUCCAAGCUUGUUGUUAUCUCUGCUGGGGCGUUCGGUUCCCCGACCAUCCUGGAGAGGUCUGGGAUCGGUGCUGAGGCAGUUCUCAAGCGAUGUGGUAUCGAGCAACUAGUGGAUUUGCCCGGAGUUGGUGAAAAUUUCAACGAUCACAAUGCCGCCUUUGUUCCAUACUAUGUUGCUGACGAGAACGUUACCAUGGAUGCCCUCUGGCGUCAGGAAGAGAGCGCUCUACAAGAAAACCUUGCGCAAUGGAAAAUCGAUGGCAAGUCGCUCGUUGCACAAAAUGGCGGUGACGCAAAAAUCAAGUGGCGUCCUGAUACGGAGGAGCUGGAGGCCAUGGGUCCGGCUUUUCAACCACGAUGGAAGGAGUUCUUCCAGGACCGCCCAGACAAGGCCGUCGCAAUAUUUGCCAUCUUUUCGGGAUACGCGGGGCCACUUAUAGGAGUCCUCCCUCCUGGGAAGUACACAAAUUCCAGCUAUUAUACGCUUUACCCGGCCUCUGUUGGAAGUGUUCAUAUUAAAUUGGAAGAGGAUGGUAAGGAAGGAAUCGACUUUACAUCAGGCUUCCUAGACGAUCCAUCCGAUAUCGUACCUCUUAACUUUGCAUACAAGAAGAUGCGCGAGAUCUAUCGACGCAUGCCUUCUUACCGAGGUGAAAUCACCGCUGGUCAUCCUAGUUUCCCGGAGGGAAGCGCUGCAGCCUGUGGGAAACAAACUGGGCCAGUGGACUUGAAUGCGCCUGACAUCAUCUACACUGCCGAAGAUGACAAAGCGAUUGAGAAAUUCCACCGUGACAACGUGCAAACGACUUGGCACUCGCUUGGGACUUGCGCCAUGAAGCCAGAGGCAGAUGGAGGAGUCCUUGAUGCUCGGCUAAACGUAUACGGUGUGUCGAACCUGAAGGUCGCAGAUAUGUCUAUCGCGCCGUUGAAUGUUGGCACGAACACGUAUUCGACGGCGCUCCUUAUUGGAGAGAAGGCUGCGAUGAUCAUAGCUCAAGACUUGGGCAUUGAUUGCAGAUCAUGA